AUGAUUUCUUCACUAUGGUUGUUGGGGGCACUCUGCUGUCUGGUGCUCCCCGGCCUGCUGGAGUCCAAAUCUUUGUUAAACGACAUGCAGCAGGAGGAGAUGGUACCCGUCAGUAACGUUGGUAUUGACUCACAGAGAGCAAACGGCUUUCUGAGCAACUCCAGGCCGAAGCGUAACGUGGACCCGAGGUGGUACAGAGGAAACCCAGACUUCCAGUCCUACUACCGCUACUACAGCAGCAUCGGACACACUGAGGGGAUCUAUGAGAUCGACAAGCUGCGGAUGCUCUACCAGCAGAUGAGGUACCUGGAGCACACCUACGGCCCCGACGCCUCCUAUUACCAGAACAAGCUGGGAGUGCCGAUGAUCAUGUGUGACCCAGUUACUGACAAGAAGUGCAAAGUGGCUCUCCCUCCUCCUCCUCCCAUGAAAGGAAAGCCCACGGCCCCCCUGCCGACCCCCCCGCCUCUCCCCCCGGCUCCAGUCAUCUCCCAGGCUGACGUCCUGUACCUAUGCAACAAGAAGGACCCCCUCUGUAAGCCCCACAUCGUCUACAUGCCCACCGGCUCCGUGCCUGUGCUCUGCGACCCUCGCUACCACCCCCACUGCACCCCCCAGAAAGCUCCAGCUCCAGUGGCAGCAGUCCAUCCUCCUCCCCCUCCUCCACCACAGAAGUCCGCCCCCGCUCAACCCCCUCCUCCUCCACCUCCAGUCCUCGUCAAAAAAACCCUCUCGGUCCCCCUCCGCACCUUCAAAGGCAUGGAGUACGACUGUGACCCCUACUGGGACCCCGACUGCCUGAUUGACCACCCUCCCCGGCCCAUGAAGGGAAAGACUCUUGUUGUCCAGCCACCACCCCCCCAUUUGGUGGAGGAAAAGGAAGAGGAAUCAGUGCCGGAGAAUCCUCCACCUGCUCCCAAAGAGAAGAAAGGACCCAUCUUCCCUUACUUCUUCCCCAAGCCCUACAACCCCAUGGAUGAUCUGUACGACCCAAUGCGCUUCCAGUACCCGCAGCCCGCUGCUGCCUCCGACGAGCCCGCAGAGUCCGGCCACAGCCAGUGA